AUGCAUUUAAGAAAAGCCAUUGUCGGAUCUAUCUUGGGCUUCGCCCUAAGUACAACAGCUCGAAUCAUCGCCAGCGAUGAUGUCCCCCUCAUCGGACCAUCCUUCAUCUCCAACUUCGACCCAUCGACCUCGAGAGCCAUCGGAAAUGCGAAAAAGGCAUUUCCAAUUCUUCUCGAUAAAUUAUUCGAGUCUGGCGAUUUAGAUCGUAAAGACUUGGCAUUUACCAUUGAUGUAUAUUCAGCUGCAACGAACGAUACUAUCUUCAGUUACUCGCACGUCGGAGAAAAGUCGAAGGAAACCAUCACAUCUGGCGAACUGAAUGAUAAUACGAUAUCACGUACUGGGAGCGUCACCAAGCUCUUCACUGUCUAUGCAAUCAUUGCUAAGGCCGGAAUGGGGGUUUUCAGUGACCCUGUAACCAAAUACCUCCCCGAGCUCGAGAAUAAUUCUUCCGGUAAUCCUCUGGAUAGAGUUCGCUGGGAGGAUGUUACUGUGGGAGCUUUGGCUGCUCACCAAGCUGGCUCGGGUGGUAUAGCUGAUUUCUUCAACGCAUAUCUCGACCCCGAAAAUCCAUCAGAAUAUAAACCCGAAGACCUGUUUACAUUCUUCCGUGAGAAACGACUGCCCGUCAUCGCUCCCUAUCACAGCGCCAUUUAUUCAGACGGGGGUUUUGCCAUCUUAGGCCAGGUUCUUGCCCGGCUAUCUGGAAAGUCUGUCACAGACAGCUUCGAAGAGAUUCUCUGGAAACCCCUGGGGAUGAACAACACGUCGACACAAGUACCAAAGGGCUCUAACCUUAACACCAUCGAUCGCACUCCUGUUGCCCAUAAGUCAAAACUGAACGAAACAGCAUGGGGCCAGGGCAUCGAAAUCGUCGCAUCUACCGGAAGCAUCUACUCCAACACAGCCGACCUCCGCAAAGCAGGUCUCUCAAUCCUAAAUUCAGAACUCCUCUCAGGUCCCACAAUCUCCGAAUGGAUGAAACCGCGCAGCGCAACAGGCACAUUAGUCGAAUUAGUUGGCGCACCGUGGGAAAUCUCCCGCCUCGAAAUCCCCGUCACGCCCGGCUCAAACCGAACCCGAGUCUCCGACCUGUACACAAAGGCGGGCGGAAAUAUCGACUAUACUGCCAUCUUCGCUUUGUCGCCCGACCAAGGUAUCGGAUACUCUAUCCUGAUCGCUGGUGAAACUGCCACACCGGCACGCUGGCCGCUUCGCAAUCUAGUCGGGGAAACAUUCAUUCCAGCGGCCGAACACGCUAUGGCUGAAAAUGCGGCUCGGAAUUUAGCUGGUACGUUCGUUGAUGAAAAGAAUUCCGGUAAUAAUGUCACGCUUAGCGUGGAUCGUGGUCAUCCUGGCUUGGGAUUGAAGUCUUUCUGGUUGAAAGGAAAAAAUGCUCGCGAUAGUUCGCAUUAUCGUCUCUAUCCGACUGGUUUGAACUCGGUCUCCAAGUCGUUGUCUUCUCUUUAUAGGAGUGAAGGGACGAUGCGUAUUGCUCAUCGUAUGGUCAAGCCGGGGGUUAAGCCGGUGGAACCCCGGGCUGCUGUUGAGGGGGGCAAAGGUGGUUUGUUUGAUGAUUCGUUUGUGUGGAUGGCUCUUGAUCAGGAGGGACCGGUGGAUUUGUUUGUUUUUACGCUGGUUGAUGGGAAGGUGACUACCGUUGAGUAUCCUUUGACAGGUGUUGUUAUGAAGCGUGUGAAGUAG